AUGGAAGUAAAUAACAAAACGUUCUGGUGGCUGAAGCCUGGGAAUGUCCUCAACAAAGAAGACAGCACAAAUCACAAACUAGAUCUGAAUUCUACCUCAUCAGUAUCGGAAAUAGAAGAUAAUAAUAGUAACUUAGAUGCCAAUGUAGACAUAGGUAGCAUUAUCGAGGAGAUAAACAGAGUGGCGGCUCAAAGCCCUCUUGGACCGUACGAAAAGUCAUUAGGCGACAGGAGUGUCGAUGAUUUGAUGAAAGAAGCGGAGAAGAUUUACUACGAGAGCUCGAAGAGCUUCGAACAGUUGAGCCAACGGAGCAAAACCUCACAGAAUUUGUCCGAAUUGUUAUCAAACCUAUCCAGAGAUUCCACGCCCACUCCCAAAAGCGUAAGCCCUUUACCAAUGGAUCCUAUCCCACAAGAUUUAAGCAUGUCCGAUGAUGAUUACACUGAGGAUUUCUCCGAAGAAAGCAAAAUCGAAUCUCCUAGUAAUAUAAUUUUCAAACCGGUAGAUUUAAUUAAUAAUAAAGAAGAUAAUAUAAUCCAGUUUGACAAUAAAGAGAAUAUCGAUACCAAAAAAAGUAGCAGAAACGAUAUUUCUAAUCAAAGCGUUUUAAAUUUAUCGAAAUCACAAUCACUUAAUAUUAUAAACAGUGUAACGAGUCCUUCUAAAGGUCUGGUGAAAAGCCAAUCAGAAUUAUGCAGUUUGGAAAACAAUGCACGUAAACCAAUUACUCCACAAUACGAACAACUAGAAGAAAAUCAAGAAAUCGAAAUGAAACAAACUUUGGUGGAAAAUUUGGUCAAAACUAACGAAGAUUUAAAACUAGAACUGCAACAAAUUAAACUCGAACUACAAAAGUCCCAAAUUACAUUAGAAAAAACGAAAGCUGUCUCGUCCAAAGCCACUUCUUUACAAACAAACCAAAAAUUAGAACGAGUCCUGGAGGAUUUGAAGGAUUCGAGAGAAAAAAACACGUCCUUGCAACUCCAAUUAGACACGGUCAACAAAAGCCACCAGCUGUUAAAAUCCUCGUACGAUGAUCUACUUCAAUCGAACAAGAAUUUAGAGCGGCGCGUCAUAGAACUGGAUUCCAGUUUGGACAAAUACAAAAACGAGAUUCUCACUCUGCAACAGCUCAAAGACAAACUAAUCGAAAACGAAGCAAACCUCCACAAAUUGCUCGAGAUGGAAAAACAGCAAAACAAGAACGUGAAAGUGCAAAACGAGAAGGACUCCAAAUGCAUACAGGACCUCAACAGGCAAAUCAAAGAGAUGGAAAGGAUUAUAGCCAGGAAACAUCCGGAUUCCGUAUCGGCUCUGAUCGUAGCCGCAAAAGAGAAUACUACUGACACCAGUCUAACAGCCAGGAAAAUCUUGGAGGACAGAAUCAAAUCCCUCGAGCAGGAGCAGCAGCUGAGAGAAACCCAAUCUUCCAAAGUCUUCAUGGACAUACAGGAGAAAUUCGGCCAAGUCAAGGCGAAGUACGAAAAUCACAUCGAAGACUUGGAACUGCACGUGAAAGAUCUGAAGCAGCAGCUGAAAAGAAGGGUCGAUACUUUCGAUGUGUACACGCAAACCGUCACGGAUGAUAAGACGAUACCGCAGAAGGAAACUUUUACCAUUUUUACACAAACUGAUCCCCCGGUUCCAUCGAAAACCCACAAAAUCGCGGCGCCGAAGAAGCACGAGAAACCGGAAGAUAUUCAUUUGAUAGCCACCAUUCGAGGCCUUCAAACCGAUCUCUCCAACAAGGAAAAAACCAUCAACAAGCUCCACAAAGAAAUAGACGAUUUGAAAAAGACCAACAGGAAGUUACAGAAAGAAAGAGAAGGCAGCCUCAAAAAUCUAGUAGAUAAAAAAGAGUGGAAAAGCUUUCCCGAUAAACUAUCGCUGCAAGUGCGAUCAAACAGCUGCAGUUCCGAGAAGGAUUUCCAGAAAGAAGAGAAACUCGCCAAUUUACGAAGCGACCGGGAUAAUCUAAAAUUGCAAUUGAAUAAAUUACAAGACGAUUAUCAUAAUUUGCAAGAAAGGAGAAUACAAGAUUUAACAGCGUUACAAGAAGCACACGAACAAGAAAUGGCCAAUUACGUUGCGGGCAUUUCGCCCUUACGGGAACAAUUGGACAUUCACAAAACGUCCAUUACUACUCUACAGUCCCAAUUGGCUUCGACCAAAGAAGAAUUGGCUCUGCUUAGGAUCGAAAGGGAUCAAUUGGGCAAUAAAUUGGACAAUUCCGCAGACGCCGAAGGCAAUAAAUCGAUAAUACAGAAGAUUGGUUAUUUGGAGAAGCAGUACAUUGAUCGAGAGUGCCGUUUGCGAGCGAUGAUUCAAAAUUUGGCGCAGAAAAAUGUGGAUAACAGAAAUUGCGAACAGUGCUCGGAAAGGCAACAACAACUGAUCAGUUAUAAACAGGAACUGGAUAAAAUAAUACCGUCCCUACAAGCGUUGCAAUAA